CAUGCUGGGAUAGCACACGCCUGGCACCAUACCCAGCUUUAUUUGACAAUUAUAUAUUCAGUUAGACAGGUGGAAAAGGCAAGGGAUAUCUGAUUGGUCACCAUUACCUAAUUCAUUUAUAAUUAAGAGAACAGGUAGACAUUCCAGGGUACAUGAGUUAAUUUUUGUUUUGUUUUGCUUGUUUGUUAUUUUUGAGAUUGAAUCUUUGCUUUGGUGGCCUUGAACUCAUGGCAUCCUCCUGCCUCCGACUCUGAGAUUACAAGUGUACAGCUCUCUGCUCCUCUGGAGUUAUGUGGAUUCGUUACUGUUGGGUUGUGUGUUUGUUUUCUGGUUUUGAGAGGGCUCAAACCACUGAUCUUCCUUCUGCCCACCGAAUGCUGGGACUGUAGCUAGGCAUUUAUAUUUUCAAAUGACUAGAAGUACACAGACUAUAGACAGUGGCUAGGAGAAAGAGAUGAGGAGGAGGAGGGUUGAGAGGGACACAUGCAAUCAAACUGUUCGUUUGUACUCUUGUGUGUGUGUGUGUGUGUGUGUAUGUGUGUGUGUGUGUAUGAUGCAUGUGUGAUUGAUGCCUAAGUAUAUGACUGCAUGUGCAUGUGUAUGAUGUGUGUGUGUGUGUGUGUGUGUGUGUGUGUGUGUGUGGUUCGUGAGGGAGGCUGUAGGCACACACAUGCCACAGGAUAUGUGUACAGGUCAGACGUGUUGGUCCUCAUCCUCCACCUUAUGUUGAGACAGGAUAUGUCUGUUGUUCAUCACUGUGUGCAUCAGGCUGGUGAGCUUCCAGAGAGUUACAGAUGAGUCCUAGUGCACCCCACUUUCCAUGGGGGGCACCAAACUCAGCAAGCGCUUUACCUGCUGAGCCACCUUGGCAGCCCUGACUAAACUUUACCAUUUGUUUUUAUGAUUUUGGAUUUCAUUUAUUUAUUUAUUUUUGAGACAAGGUCUCACUCUGUAACCCAGCCUGGGCUCAGACUCACAGUGACUGUUUCGCCUCAGCAGAAGAGAUUAUAGGCGAUCUUUAAAAUUUUAAACACAUGCAUGUAUUCUUUUCAAAAUACAAUAAUGUAUAACAAAACCAGGAGUUUCGGGGACUAACGGCCUGAGGAAGUUAUUUCUAGGCUACUGGAAUUCCUCUGGUGAGGUUACUGGGUCCUGGGAACUGGGCUGUAACUACUCACUACUCUUGUGUGGCCCACUGUAUGUAUUUCUUGGCCAGUAUCUGCUACCAAAUUAAUUUAAGCCAACUGUUGAUUAUCAAGGCCUGAAGACUGGGCAGUUUGUCAAACAGCACCCCCAUAUAAACUCGCCGCCCCUGAUGUAGCCGGGUGUGUGUGUACAAAGAAUUAUAGAUGAGAUGAAGGGUAACAUUGUUUUACUCAAAACUAAUUUUUAUGCCAAGGCAGGAUCCUUAUGAACUAACAGCUUCUGUGACACCCAGACCCACAUUUCUCAUCCUAUUCAUCUUUCCAGGAGGAGAGACUUAUAAGGCAUAAAGUGUGACCGUGGGUUCAUCCUGAGUCUUCACGGGUGCUCAGGGAGCAUCCACUGUGGACUUCUGAUGGGCUGGCAACGCUGGAAGCUGAUGAGCCGCCGUGAUGCAGACUUCACGGUCUCUGUGCCCUGGUUUAUACGAAAAGCUUUAUGGUUUACUUCUAAAAGAUCCCACCACCACUUAAAAACUCAAGAGAAAAGGCCUGCGAAGCAGCUGACUUUUCUCAUGGGAGUCCAAGCCUGAAUGCAGACAGAAUGACUGCUGUGAAGAUGAAGACCCCACCCCUCACUAGUGACCUUGGAGUUGACAUAAGCCAGUCAGAAGCGACUGGGGAACUUGAGGUCAGAGGAAGGAGCCGAGGAAGAAGAGGGGGUGGUGUCUAGAAAUGAUGACACCUGAAGAAAAACACCCUCCUGUGUUCCUGGUGUGUCUGCUCCAGAAGUAGAAGGUCUCGUGACCCUGGGAAGAGGACAAGGAGAUGGCACAGUGACACGGACUUCUUGUUUUGUUUGUUUGUUUGGUUGGUUGGUUUUCUCCUCUUUAGGCAUCUUGAAGCUAGGCGGGUCUGCAACACACUUCUUAGCCAUAGCCUGGCUUAUACGGUUAGGAACCAGAAGCACAGGGCAGACUGGACUUGUCUUCCCAUGGCCGGUUUCCUGAGCUGCCACAGACUUAAGUGCCAGAGCUCUGUAACAGCCAGGACCUGUUUCUUAGCUCCUUUCUGUGCUCCUGGUACAGAGCCAGUGCUUACUAAACAGCCCCUCCUUUUGUGCAUGCCAAAGCCAGAACCCACGCCCACUUCUUGGGCUACAGUCACUCUUUCUGCCUCCCUGGGGAUUAAUGAGUAAGCCCCAAUAGGGAAGGGGGUCACUCAUGGUCCUCCUAGCCCCUACCAUUCCCAGUUCAGUCCCUCAUAGAGCUAGUAGCGUGAGGUAAAACCAACCUGUCUAGAAGCCUCCUCAUGACACAUCCCCAGGAUGUGAGUGCAGAUUCACACAAAUCUGUGUUUACUCGAGUUCCCACAGAUAACACAGAGCUUGCCAGAGUCCCUCAUGAUCGGUGCUGAUGUCCCUGGAACCCCUUGAUGUCUCCAUUUCCUAGAACUUGCUGGGGUCUGUUGACUUUCUAAAUGUGCAUUACAGCCUCACACACAGGGUGUGAAAUAGCCACCCAGGCAGGACAGGAAGCAAGAAAGAGAGGAACACAGCCUGCCAGGAACCCAGUGCCACUUGGCAACCUGCUACAUGUCACUGACGGUCAACCUACCUGAUACUGGCAGCAGGGAUUUCUGGAGGCCAGAGAGAUGGCUCAGCAACUAAGACCAACCUGAUGGCCUGAGUUUGGGCUCCAGGGCCCACACAGAGGGAAGAGGGCUGACUCUUGCUUGCCCUCUGAUCCCCACAGGUGUGUUGUGGCUUGCUUACCCACAUACACGCACCAUGUCCCCCCAUAUCGAUAAUAGUAUUUUAUGUUUAUUUUUGUUUGUUAUUUUUGUUUGGUUUUUGAUUUUUGGCUUUUUGAGAUAAGGUUUCUCUGUGUAGCCCUGGGUAUCCUGAAACACACACUGUAGACUAGGCUGGCCUCAAACACUCAAAGAUCAUCCUGCUCCUGCCUCUGAGUGCUGGGAUUAGAGGUGUGCACUGCCACUGCCCAGCUAAUAGUAUUUUAAAAUUUUUAAAGGGGGAGUUCUAGAAGUCAGAAACUAGGAUAUUGAAUAACUGGGGGUAAAAAUUUCACUGCCUUUAUAGAAUUUACAUCCAAAGCUUUUUUAUUAACAAAGACUCACAGGAUGAGAACUCCUUCCACACACACUGUAAAUACAGGCUUAACUCUGUGAUCUGCUUCGGAGACACAAGCAGGGGCUGGGCCUGUGCCUGCCUGGAAGGCUUGCCUCCUUCAUUCACUGCAGUGAUGUCCUGAGGUUCAUAAGACAGCGAUUGUCCUUUCGUCCAAUGUCCUGGGAGACACAGAGAGCAAAGCCAAGCCAGCCUGGAGACUGGAGCUUCCCAGGCACAGCUAACUCCAAGGCCUGUUCUCACGAGACCAAACACUUCUUGUCAUAAACCACCAACAUGAAGGCAUCUGUUACACAGCAUUGUUCAACAGCUGGCUAAUGCAGGAAUUAAGACUCAGACACAGUGCACAGCUAGCUUGGUAUUUCUCAGUGCAAAAUUUACUCCAGAGUCUGUUGUAUCUGCUGUGGGUAGCCAUAGGCUCAAUAGGACCUCUCCUUUGCAUGGCGAGAACUACACAGUAUGUAUAAAGCAACAGCUUCUAGACCUCAUGUAACAGGCAGUGCCAGACACUGGUCUCUGAGAGAAGGGAGACAAACAGGGUGAGCCUCAUGAGGCUCCAAGCCCUGCCAGGCAGUGUCUUCAGAAUGCAGAGGAAUCAGUGGCUGCCAAACAGAAGAGCCCAGUGGCUUCUCUGAGCUGAGGAAAUAGAUCUAGGAGGCCAAGGUGGUUAAAGCAUGCAAGGCAGGGUUCUCAGAGAAAACAAGAGAAGAGAGCUUGGGGCAGGGCAACACGCUGUGGUGACUUUUCAAGGGGUACCUUUGAGGUAUCCACCAACACAAGUGUGUGAGGAACUUACUCCAGGUGAGGAAAGAUGUUUCAGAAGGAGAAAUAUCUCCACUAAAGAGACGCUAAAUAAACACACAGACCUCAUCUUAUCUCAGACAUGGGGCAUUAGACCCACAAUGAAUGACUAGUCACAUCUAACAUCAUCAUCAUCAUCAUCAACAACAACAACAACAACAACAACAAAACAAGCUUCAAGGGGAUCAAAUAGUUUCCAGUACCUUUCUGACCAAGCCUCCAAAACAAGGUUUGGAACUCAUUAAAGGGUCUGGGGAGAUGCUCUGUCAGCAAAAAUUCUUGCCUUGAAGAUAUGAGCCCCUGAGUGCAACCCCAAGGCACAGGUUAAGAAAAGGUGAGGUGACUUGUGAUUCUAAUCCCAUCUCUUGGGAGGCAGAGACAGGCAGAUGCUUGGAGCCCCAUAGCUGGCCAGUGAGAGACCCUGUUUCAAAAGCCAAACUGGGGCCAGGCAGAGUGGCAUAUGCAUUUAAUUCCAUUACUUGGUAGAGACAGAUGGAUUUGUGUGCGUUCAAGGCCAGCCUUGUCUACAUAGGCUCUGGGCCAGCCAGCCAGACUCUGUCUCAAAACACACAGACACACAGACACAUAGACACACAGACACACACACCACACACACACACAACACACAACACACACACACACACACACCACACACACACACACACUCACACACACAUAUGGCACACAUGCAUGCAUAGAAAUACAUCAGAAAAAGAAUUAAAAAAAAAACCAAAAUGAUAGCAUCCAGUAAUUUAAAUUGACAACAUUUUCACACUUGCAUGCAUAAAAUGUUUGAAAGAGCCAGGGGUUUCCUUGAAUACCCUUGAUACUUCCUUAAUGCGUUUGCUGUGUGACAAGUGGCUUCUGUGUGUGGCCCUGGAUGAAUGCAAGAGUACAGAUCUGCAAAGAAGAAGGAAAAUGAGACCCACUUGAAGGAUAUAAAACUACCAAAGCAGCCUCAAAGAAUGGCAUUGAUAGCAGAGUAAGCAGACAAGGACUUUACUUUAAUGCAACAUAACUGUGUUUGCAAUAUAGGCAAUACAUGUGAACUAGGUUCACUCUCUGCUCCUUUAAACAAAGACAAGACUAUCCGCUAUGACUGAGGGAGGUGACUAAGCCCAGACAAGUACAGGACCUCACAUCGUAACGCGGGAGAUCACCUAAACAAAGCACAGGAGAACCUGAUGACAAGAGGUGGUGUAGGUUAGGACAGGUUGAGCCUGCUGUCUGAGUGGAAUGUGGAGAGGAAGGACACAGGACAUCAGGUCCACUGAUUGAGGAGGGUAUGGGUCAUGGAGUAUCCAUGAGAGAAAGCAGAAGGAUAGUGGUCUGUGACAUCUGUCCAGGGACCGAUAUAGAUGUCAUGAGAUUAAGACAGUAUGUGGGGAGGAGCUGACCAUGAGUGUCAGAAGUUGAUCAUGUGUUCAUGAAAUGUGAGAGAGGGUAGGCUUUCCUUGAAUACAGGUCUAGUUGCAUGGAUAGCAGCCUCUGCCUGUGGUCCUGGGUAAAUUGCAGAGGGCAUAGAAGGAGAUGCCAAGCCACACUUGGACUCCAUGCUUUGCUUCAGCUUUCUGUGGCUCGGUGCCAGCCUGCGAGAUGAGCAUCUUUAGAGCAAGAGCAGACAGCAUGUUGCUUUGGUUCUCUGCUGGCUUUAUUUCCUUCCCUCCUUCUCGAAAGAACCGUCCCUUUCCCAGGCUAGCCCCAUUCCCUCUCUUGCCCUGGGUGUUGUCAUCAUUCUUCUAAACUAUCUUUGGGUUUACCUUUUCAGCAUUACUUUUACAGUAAAGUAUGUCUGCCCUCAGCUCUGCUCCAUGAAUUUAGAGAUGCUUUGCUAGAAAGCUGCUAAGUGUCUCCCUGGUGUCAGGACCAGCCAUGACCAACAGCAACAGUAACAGUUCUAUAGGAACCAUCCUUGGCCCAAGAGAGGCUCCAUUUGAGCCUCAGUUCCGUUCUUUUUCUCUAUUGAAGGAGUGUCUUGAAACACAUGUGUGGGGUCUACCAGAUGUCCCAAAGGGACAAAGCCUGCUUGCCUUCCCAUGAACUGAAUAGAUAAUGAAUCUGUAAGUGUUUCUUCUCUACCAUUACUCUUACUGUAAACAACUUGGUCACUAACCUCAUAUGUGCUUCUGAGUUUGGCACUGUAUUUUUUUUUCCAGCAAAUUUGGUAAACACAGGAGUCUCAGAAAUAUUUUCAAAACAUGAAAGUAAAAGGGGGAACUGGUACAGAAGAAGACAAAGGCAGAGUGAGGGCAAGAAUGGGUAAUGGGCAGAUACGGUCAAAGUGCAUUAUGUGCACAUAUAGAAAUGUCACAAUGAAGCCCAUUACUUUGUACAAAGUAUACUAAUAUUCACUGUAUUAAUAGCUACCUGGCAUUGCUAGGAUGCAAUACUUGGCCAAGCAUUUUAAGGAAGGAAGGAUUUGGGCUGGAGAGAUAGCUCAGUUGCUAAAGGCUGAUCUCACAAUCAAAAGGUCAAGGAAAGAAGAAUCUAUUUUGACUGACAUUUUGGGAGAGACAGUCCAUUGUGAUGGAGAAACAGGGACUUGAGGUGGCCGGUCACGCAUCUGUAGCCAGGCAGCAGAGAGUGAUGAACGCUGCUGCUACUUCUCUCCCUUUCUUCUUUUCACUGGCUCUGGACCUCAGCCUAUGUGAGAAGCCAGUGAAUAGCAUUGCUCCAUGGUCUAUACUUCUGUUUCUGCCUCCAGAUUCCUCCCUUGGCUUCUCUCUCUCUCUUUUUUUUUUUUUUUUUGGUUCUUUUUUUCGGAGCUGGGGACCGAACCCAGGGCCUUGCGCUUCCUAGGUAAGCGCUCUACCACUGAGCUAAAUCCCCAGCCCCGGCUUCUCUUCAUGAUGCACUGUAACCUGUAAAUGGAAAUAAGCCUUUUCUCCACCUAAGGUUUUGUGCGCGCGCAUGGGUGUACUUGUGUGUGUGUUGUUUAUCACAGAAACAGAAAGUAAAUUAGAACAGUUGGGUUUUUGGUGCAAUCUCCAUCUGGUGGGGCACAGGGGCAGUGUUGGUAAGCACUCAGCUUUCUUAAUCUCAGUGACCUAAGGUGUACUCUACAAUCUCUCCCAGGUUGUCCCAGAGAAGUCAAGUCCCAGUGUCAACAGCAGUCCUUUGCUUACCUACACACUUGUCCCUGCCUUCCUGAGUCCUCUGUCCUGACUUCUGGCAUCACUUACCAGAUGAACAAUCUCACACCAUCUUAGAUCUGGUCUGAGGGAGUCCAGUGUUGGCCAGGGCAUCUGCUCCAGAAUUGUGGAUGUGGAUUUGUUCAAAGGAACCUUGAGCUGUGGAAAAUGAGAGCUGUCCCAAUCCCAGCCCCACCCCUACCCCACCCCCAACCAUGCUGCCACUUGAGUUUCAGAUUCUGUCAAACAAGCAAGCAAGCAAGCAAGCAAGCAAGCAAACAAACAACAAAAAUACCCUUAUCCUUCCUAAAGAAAAAGCAGCACUGAUUAAUCAAGAUCAAUAUCGGGGCUGUAGAGAUGGCUCAGCAAUUUAGAGGACUGGCUGUACUUGUAGAGACCUGGGUUCAAUUCUCAGCACCCACAUGGCAGUUGUCUUAGUUGGGGUUACUAUUGCUGCAACGUAACAUCGUGACCAAAAGCAACUUGGGAAGGAAAGGGUUUGUUUGGCUUAUAUUUUCACAUCACCGUUCAUCACUGAACAAAGUCAGGAUAGACUCCUUUCACACAGGGCAGAAACCUGGAAACAGAAGUCGAUGCAGAGGCCAUGGAGGGAUGCUGCUUACUAACUUGCUCCACAAGUCUUGCUUUUUUAUAAAAACCAGGACCACCAGCCCAGUGUGCUAUCACCAACAAUGGGGUGGGCCCUUCUUCACCAAUCACUAAUUAAGAAAGUGCCCUACCAGCUUGCCUACAGCCCUACCUUAUGCAGGCAUUUCCUUAGUUGAGGUUCCUUCCUCUCAGAUGACUUUAGCUUGUGUUAAAUUCACAUAAAACUAUCCAGCACAGGGCUCACAACCAUCUGCAACUCCAGUUCUAGGGGAUCCAACGCCCUCUUCCAGUACCAGGUACACAUAUGGUGUACACACAUUCAUGUGAGCAAAUCAUUUAUGCACAUAAAACAAUACGGUAAAUACAUCUUUUAAAAAAAUCAACAACGUGUGUGGCUACUUAUUUAACUGAAGAGCCCUCUCAAAUCAUCCCUCAGCAUCCCACAUUCUCACUUCUGGUCACAUCAAGCUGGACCUCAUCUGAGAUUGACCUGUCAGAUAAAUAACGACUCAUAUAGACAGACUGUACCAUCUGCUCUCCUACAGUCAGGAAACUUCCAGGAGCCCCCAGCAUCCUUGACUACAGCUCAGCCCUUUAGCCACUUGGUUCUAUUGAGUGGGUCAUUAAGGCGGCCUCUCUCCUCUCUCCUCCCCCUUCUCAUACAGAACACAGACCGGGGUCCUCUCCUCUUGGCUCCUGUUUGACAAGUCUUUCACCUCUAUGCAGACACAUCAGUUGAAUGAGUCCAUAAGCAAAUACCUAUGUUGGAUGGUCAUGUGGGUGGCCUGUCCUUUUCCUUAUCUUGAGGCUCCUUCAGAUGGAAGGAAGCCCAAGGCCAGCUAUCUGUUUACUCUGGAUCCUCUGUUCAUUGUACCUGGCAUUGAUCUGGGCUUCCCCCCUGCCCCCUCCAAUCUCUCUAUUAGUUCAGCUUCAGAAAAUCUCUUAUCACCUCCAGAUGUUAGGCCACUCUCUGCCAUCAAGCCUGCCUGGCCAUUUUGCGUUUGUCAUUAAUUGAUUUUGCCUUCCCCACUUGGGAAGCACAAAUUGGCUCUGCCCGUUAGCGGUAAUAUUUCCCCGAAAGGGGUUAUAAAUCAUGCCUCGUGUCUACCUCUUGAUCACAGUGGAGCAGUAUCUACAUAGGGAAAUACUGGGCUACGGUUAAUGUGUUAGGGAUGGGGAGGAUGCGACAGUCCACAUACUAAAGGCUGACAGAGCCCAGCACAGAGAGGAUGCUCACUUUGGAUGUAUAGAUGGAAUAGAGGAAAGAAAAGAAGGAAGGGCAGGAAGGUUGUAUGGCUUUCCCUGGAGAGAUGUGAGAAAAUUUCUGAUCACUCCAGAUAGGCCAUGGACUACAGACCUAAGAAACCAUCCCACCGAAGUCCAGCUUGGUGAGCCAAUGAGCUUCCUGGGGACUAUGAAUGACUCAAAGGUAACUGUGUCUCUAAAAAGCCCACCCCAGCGUGGGUGACAACCUACAAGGUGCACCUCUGGAGCUCACUGCCCAACUGGAAGGCAGCUCUGAGGAAGAAUCUCCUCUUUCUAGAAAGUAUUUACUGCCUAUCUAACACGUGAGAGCGGCUUUGGGACUCUAAGUUUUCUGAGCUUCCCUAAACCUUGUGAAGGAACGAGGAAGAAGAGGUGGGGUGUCUCUUCAAUAAGACUGAUUUAAGGACCCUCACUCACAUUUCACCUUUGCCUUUUGUUUGUCUAUUGGUUGGUUUUUCAAGACAAGGUUUCUCUAUACAGCCCUGGCCAUCCUGGAGCUCACUCUGUAGACCAGGCUGUCUUUAAACUCGGAGAGCCACCUACCUCUGCCUUCCAAGUGCUAGGAUUAAAGGCAUACACCACUACCAUGUGGCACACCUUUGCAUUCCAACACCUGUGGAUUUUAUGGGCUAAGUCUUAGACUCUAAGAGUUUUCAGAAAAUCUGCUAGGUGUGGUAGCACCUGAUUUUAAUCCUGCUACUGAGGAGGCAGAGGCAGACGGAUCUCUGUGAGUUUGAGGCCAACCUGUUCUACCCUGUAAGUUCCAGGCCAACCAGGACUACGAACAACACUGUCUCAAAACAGUAACAAUGAGUUUUCAGAAGUUCUCUAACCACAUGGAUGUGUUCUUGAGAGAGACCCCAUCCAUAUCUUGGAUCAGAAAACCAGAACCAGCAGAUGCCAAGGACCAGCCUCAGUGUGGAGAGGGGUUCUGAGGAAAGAGUGUUUGGGAGCAGCAAAAAGAAUGACAUGAAGUCAAAUUGUGGGUACAAGCUGACAGCCUGUGUUCCACUCAUGACAGCUUUCUGAAGAUCACCAGACAGUUCAGCUCUCACAAACCAAAGCCCAGUCUUUUAUUUACAUAUCAAUUAUCAUCCACCCCAGGUUUCCUUUUGAUUAUCCCAUGAAUCUGCAUUUUUUGAUGUUAGUACCUUGACUCCUAGGAAAAGACAACAAGCACAUUUUUCUUAACAAUGCAAAUGAAUUCAGAGACUGCCUGCCUUUGUAAGCACAGACAGUAAGCUAGCCGGGUGGGAUCUGUCUCUGAGUUCACCAUUCCCACCAGGUUUAGGUCUAAAUUUACUCUGUCCUAGUCCCAGGUUGACCUUGAAUGCAGGAAUCUGCCUGCCUUUGUUUCUGCUUACUUUUGUAUCUUUCUGGCAAGCUGGCUCUUAGUGCAGCUGCCUCUGUUCAUUUAGGUCCAUGAAACCCCUCAUAUAAUUCAUAUUACAUCUUUAUAUUUUGCAUAGUUGAGAAAUUAUAUAUAUUUGAACUCAUGAUUUCAGAGUUCUUUCCCACAGCCUGAACACAGGCUGCUCUGAACAUCACAGUGUUUGCCGAUUUUGCCAAGGAUACAGACACACUCUCACCUCCCAAACUUGUACUGCUUCUAAUUAUCAUGGAGUCAUUAACCUUGGCAGGGGGAAUAUUUCCUGAAAGAGAAACAUAAAGUAAAUUGUGUACAUUAUUAUACAAGCAAGCUGUAUGUCCACAGCAACUGUCAACACUUGCAGAGACCCACACCCUGCUGACUGCGUUCCAGGGGUGAGAACUGCGUCAUGCCACCCUGUCCACAUGGCCAUGCAGGACUCAGCAAGCAGAGAGGUUUCAGAAAAGAUGGCUCCCCAGUUCUCCUAGCAUUGCCUCCCAAAUGGACCACAUCAUUUUUCACUCUUAAUGCCAAGUAGCUGCCCCUGCCUCAUCUCACCCCAGUGAUGUCUUGUGAUUUAUGUUAAGCUUUGUAGCAGAGAAGACUCUCUCUCUCUCUCUCUCUCUCUCUCUCUCUCUCUCUCAUAUAUAUAUAUAUAUAUGUAUAUAUAUAUAUAUAUUUAUUUAAAGACAUAAAAAUUCCCUCCUUGCUUUCUUGCUUUGGUUUUCUGUAAGCCCCUUGUCUUAGUUAACUUUUUCUAUUGUUGCUAAGAGACCUAUGACCAAGGAAAAUUACAGAAGUAAGAGUUUACUGAACCUUUGCUUAUAGUUUCAGAGGGUGGCCAUCAUGAAAGCAUGGUGGCAGGCAGACAUGGCACUUGUAGCAGUAGUUAAGAGCUUACUUUUUUUUUAAGAUUUAUUUUUACUUAUUGUAUAUGCAUACAUACUCUAUCUGGAUGUGCACCUGCAUGCCGGAAGAGGGCAUCAGAUUGCAUUGUAGCCACCAAAUGGUUGCUGGGAGGAAUUGAAUUCAGGACUUCUGGAAGAGCAGCCAGUGCGCUUAACUGCUAGGCCAACUCUCCAGCUCUAAGAACUUAUAUCUUGAUCUACAAGCAUGAGGCAGAGAGAGUGCUAACUGGGCCCAACAUUUUGUUGUUGUUGUUGUUGUUGUUGUUGUUGUUGUUGUUGCUGUUUUAGUUUGUUUUUUGUUGUUUUUUUUUUUAAGUCUCAAAGUCUACCUCCAGUGAUACACCUUCUCUAAAAAGACCACACCUAUUAAUCCUUCCCAAAUAGUUCCACUGACUAGGGACUAACCAUAUAAAUAUAUGAGCCUAUGGGGGCGUUUUUACUCAAGCCACCACAUUCUUCUACACCAGCAUACUCUCAUCUCCGCCGUAUUAUAAGAAUAAUGGUGGUUGUUUGUUCUGACGGGAUAGCCAUAGCAUCUGCACACCAGAGCUUCUUCUAGGUGAUGCCUAUACCUGUGGUGUCCAGAAUCUUGCCUGCUUAGUUACUUGACCCAAAGAUGUUCCAUCUGGUGCCAAAACCCCGUGGCAUGACCAUGUAAAUGUUCUCAUGGAAACUCUGCCUUUCCAUGGAGCCAGGAUCAGAGCCAGGAAACACCAAGAGAGGAAGGUAGAGAGUGGCAGGAACUGGUGCCAUCCAGAUGCCAAAGAGUGGUCAUGGUGCUCAUCUUUGUCACAUUUCUUCUGUAUGAAAUUGCCAGAAUAGGGAGAUCUAAUAGACAGAAAACAAAUACCUGUAGGCUGAGGGACCAGGCUUGCUUGAAGGAGGAGCGAAAGCUAAUGAAGAAAAAAAUCCCUCUUUGAAGCAAUAAUCGGCAACAGUGUUCUUACAACUCUGUGGAUAUUGCACAAAUAAUGUGUGAUGGUCAGGGCUGACUGUCAGCUUGACAGGGUCUAAGAGACAAAACACGUUGUGUGUCACAAACCUCUGCAAGGGGGGUUUAGAUUGAACUAGUUGAGGCAGGAAGAUCCUUGCUAAAUGUGAGCAGGUCCACCUGAUGGCUGGAAUCCCAGAGUGAGUUUAAAAGGAGAAGGCAAGAGGUUCACAGGCUCAUCCUCUUUGCUUCCUGACCUCCAGUGCAACGUGAGAUACCUCACACUCCUGUGGCCUCCCCUCCUGCCGUGCUGAACAUGAUACACCCCCACACUGUGAACUAAAACAAAUGCUUCCUUCCCUACGUCACUUCCGUAAGGCAUUUUCUCAGCAGUGAGAAAAUUAAUUACUACAAUGUGGGGCAGGGGCGACGGCUUUCAGGAUGAGCGUACAGAACAAAUUCAGUGAAAUGUAUUACUACAGAACCCACUGCAGAUGGACGGACAAGGCAGAUGCAGUAUCUGUACACCACGGAAUACUGCCUGUCCAUUAAAAAAAAAAAGGAAAAUCAAGACAUUGGUAGGAAAAAUGCACAGAACAGGAGAUUAUUAUAUUAUGCUCCGAAAGGAACCAGACUCAGAAUGGCAAAUAUUGCAUGUGUUCUCUCAUAUGCAGAAUCUAAAUUUGUGUGUGUGUGUGUGUGUGUGUGUGUGUGUGUGUGUGUUUCUACAUAGAAGUAGAAAGUUGGCCUUGAGAAAGUAGGGCUGGAGAAGGGUAAUGGGUUGCGUGUGAUAUAAAAACAGAGGGUGGUAGUGUAUCAGAUUAAGAAGGGCAGUGAACAUGUGCAUGGGUGUGCAUGUGGUUUGUUUUAACCAUCGACUUGACACAAUCUAGUAUUCCUUGGGAAGAGAGUCUUCAUGAGGAAUUCUCUAGAGGGACAUGUAUGUUGGGGACUCUCUUGGUUGUUAAUUUGUGUGGGGAAGACCCAGUCCACUGUGGGCAGCACCAUUCCCUAGGCAGGAGUCCUGAACUGUAUGGGCGGAGAAACUGAGUAGUUGAAAAGCAAACAAGCAAAGAUUCAUGCUUAUUCUCUCGCUGCUCUUGACUAUAGAGGGGACUGACUGCUUGAGUUCCUGCCUUAGCUUCCCCCCCUCAAGACCUGGAAUAAUAAGUAGAGUAGACUCCCUUCGCUCAGUAGUAUGCCUUCUGUCGGGAUACUUUAUUACAGCAACAGAAAUGAAAUUAAAACACUGGGGGAGGGCAGUAGUGGGGAGAGAUGAGUAAGAACAAAGUGUGAUGACAUCUACAGAUGAAACUGCCAUAAUUAAGCCCAUUACUUUAGAAGUCAACUUAAAGAUUUAAUAGAAGUAAAUGAAGUCACUAAAACAAUUUCAUAUACCCACUAGCAUGAACCUACCACUGGGAAGAUAAACAGGCAUUUAGAGGUGUAGGAUGAGAGGGUUUCUUUUUCUUUUUAAUAGUUGUGUUUCCCUUAUUUUUUAAAUUGUAUGUGUACGUGUGUUUUGCCUAAGGGUAUUUGUCUGUGCACUACAUGGGUCUUUCGCCUGAGGAGGCCAGAAAAAGGUGUUGGACUCCCUGGGACUGGAGUGUGUAGACUGCUAUGUGUGAGUGCUGGGAACCAAACCCAGGUCCUCUGAAAGAGCAGCCAGUGCUCUUAACUACUGAGCAGAAGGUUUCUGUUUUUCAAGCUGUUUUGUCUUAGGCAAUACGAUUUAUUUACGUAUAAAUAUAGACGGAUAUAUCUGGGGAGAUGGCUCAGCACUUAAGAGUUCUUGCUGUUCUACCAGAGGACCUGAGGGGUAGUUCCCAGCAUCCAAGUCGGGCACCUCACAAACAAGAUGUCCAGGUGCCUCAGACACCAAACAUACAGGCUGGGGAUGUAGCUCAGGUGGUAGAAUGCUUGCCUACCAUUCGCCAAGCCCGUCGGUUAGAUCCCCAGCCUCCUAUAAACCAAGCAUGGAGUCCACGCACGUAAUCCCACCCCCUAAGGGGUGGAGAACAAGAGGAUCAUCAGCUCAAGGUCAGUCUUGGCUAGAUGCCAAGUUUAAGGUCAUCUGGGGGCAAGAUAAGAUCUUGUAUCAAAAGAAAAAUAAAGGCAGGGGUGCUGGAGAGGUGUUUCAGUGGUCAAAACUUCAGCACCCACAUUUGUUAGCUCACACUGCCUAUAAUUCCGGAUCCAGGGCAUUUGACACCCUCUUGGACUCUGUGGGUACCCACCCAAACCAUGGUAUACAUCCACACCCACAAACAUGCACACAUAUAAAAAUAAAUAUUAGGGGUUGGGGAUUUAGCUCAGUGGUAGAGCGCUUGCCUAGCAAGCGCAAGGCCCUGGGUUCGGUCCCCAGCUCCGAAAAAAAAGAAAAGAAAAAAAUUAAAAAAAAUAAAUAAAUAAGAAGCCCAAGGAGAUGGCUCAGUGAUUAAGAACACACACCAUCUGAUCUUCCAGAGGACUCAGGUUCGAUUCCCAGCACCCACAUAGCAGUUCACAACCAUCUGCAACUCCCAUUCCAAGGGAUCUGACACCCUCUUCUGGCCAGCACAUGGUACACAGACAAACAUGUAGGCAUGACAUAAAUGUAUUCACAAAAUAAAGCUAAAUAAAUAUUUUUAAAUAAAUAGAACGGCAUAGCUAGCCAUGGUAUCACAUGCCUUUAAUCCUGGCACUCAGAAGACAGUGGAUCUAAGUGGAUUUAAAGCCAGCCUGGUCUACAUACCAGCCAGAGCUACAAGACAGACAGACAGGCAGGUAGACAGACAGGUAGGUGAGUCUGGAGAGAUGGCUCAGCUGUUCAAGGCUAAGCUAACGCCUGAAGGGAAGCAAAGCAGCAACUGCCCACGUGCACUGUAUGUUAGGUGAAUUAUUUUACGAUGCUAACGAAGUAGCCACAUCUACCAAAGAUCAACUGAGGCACUGUGGAUCCUCCAGGGGCUCACGUCUGUCUCCUCCACACUUCUGCCUCCCGAGCUCAGCAUCCCCCAGACAAUCUGCCCAAGGUCUCAAGCAAGACCAACCACUGACAGAAGUGAUGGCCGGCAGUAACCAGGGUCGCAGCAAUUGAGGGUGCUGCCAAGCAGGGCUGUCAUCCGUCUGUUUGCUUUGCUUUGAUUUGCUUCACUCCGGUUUACUCAGCCCCAGGUUCCCCCGAUGGGCAGGUCAAUCCUCCCCAUUCCCUUCUGUUAGCCUGGCCAACCCACACCCAUGUGAGACUUCCCUCCCAGCUUAUGUUGGAGCUGGGAGCCUUCCCAAGUAAGGAAUCUCGUCAAGAUCCCUUCAGUCUCCGCAGAGUGGGCUCCAGGUCAGAUUCUCUCCCAGACACUCAGCCUCACUUGGAAGCCAAAGAUAAGACCAAGAUGAGCUCAAGAGAAGCCCGUAGGUGUCCCCGAGGGGCUCAUGCAUUUGCUGCCCUGCAUGGAAAAACAAGGCUGGGUGGGGGAUGGCAGGCCUGUUUGCACACCGCACUGUUCAAACAGACUCCCCUGCCGCAGACACCUGUGCGGUGGAGGACAGGGCAGGCAGCGUGGCAGGGGCUCUCACCUCUUCCAACUCUCCCCAUAGCCACCCUGACAACCGCUGCAGAGUCCUGGCCACAUCAUGCCCCGUGCUGGGGUCUGCAGCUGCUGGGGUGGCCAAGUAUUGCCCCUACUUCUGGCCUAUAUCUGCUACCUGCUGCUUGGGGCCACCAUCUUCCAGCGGCUGGAGAAGCAGGCAGAGGCUCAGUCCAGGGACCAGUUCCAGCUGGAAAAACUGCGCUUCUUAGAGAACUACACCUGCCUGGACCAGCAGGCCCUGGAGCAGUUCGUACAGGUCAUCCUGGAAGCCUGGGUGAAAGGUGUGAACCCCAAAGGCAACUCCACCAACCCCAGCAACUGGGACUUCGGGAGCAGUUUCUUCUUUGCAGGCACAGUGGUCACUACCAUAGGUUAUGGAAACCUGGCACCCAGCACGGAGGCAGGGCAGGUCUUCUGUGUCUUCUAUGCCCUGAUGGGAAUCCCACUCAACGUGGUCUUUCUCAACCAUCUGGGCACAGGGCUGCGUGCCCAUCUGACCACACUGGACAGGUGGGAGGACCACCCCAGGCAUUCCCAGCUCCUGCAGGUCCUGGGCCUGGCUCUGUUCCUGACCUUGGGGACCCUGGUCAUUCUCAUCUUCCCGCCCAUGUUCUUCAGCCACGUGGAGGGCUGGAGCUUCCGUGAGGGCUUCUACUUCGCCUUCAUCACCCUCAGCACCAUUGGCUUCGGGGACUAUGUUGUCGGCACAGACCCCAGCAAGCACUACAUUGCGGUGUAUCGGAGCUUGGCAGCUAUAUGGAUCCUCCUGGGCCUGGCGUGGCUGGCAGUGGUCCUCAGCUUGGGAUCCCUGCUUCUGCACAGGUGCUCCCGGCUCUGGCAGCUUAUCCGAGGCCUGGACGUUAAGGACGGAGCAGCCCCGGGCUCUGAGCCCAGAUCACAGAAAAUCCCCUUCUCUGCAUGAGACCCAGGUGUCCUGACCUGCCCUCCCCAAACCCGUGACAUUCCCUGCCCUUCCCUUAACCCUAACCUCCCCCCACCCCCCCCCUGCCCACACUACCCAGCAACUCUCCAGGGAGAAAAAGGAGACAGAUGAACCUACAGAGUAACUGAGGGGAGACAAGGAGACAAAAUCAAAGUCUGUGUGGGUGGAGAUGUCAAGGUUGCCCUGUUUCCCAAAGAGAACCUGGAGGAGAAGUUAAACCCGACAUGAAUCGUGGCCGAGUCACUAUUGCCAUCUUAAUGUAGUAACGGGACCCCUUAGGCUGCAAGCAAAAGCGGACUUGAUUGUUGUAUCAUUUACGAUCUACAUGGCAGGCUCUUAACAGGUCCGUACUAGGUAGCAGGCGCUGUGCCUGGUUCUAGGGCUUUGACAGUGGUGGUCUGGGCUGUGCUGUGUCGUCAGUCUUGAAGGAGCCCCCGAGGCAGCGUCCUCAUCUUUGAUGGGAAUAAACCUGGGGAGAAUGAAAGUUCAGGGCAGUGGCUGGAGGAGGAGAGCUGGACACACACCUGGGGACACCUUUGGUGUCCCCAAGAAGCCAUCCUCAGGAGUCUCACAGCUGAGGAACAAGAAGCCUGCCGGUCAGUUCUCCAGCUCUCCUUGCUUACAAGUGGAGAGGGAUCCUAGAACAACACGGGGGACCCCUUUCAGGUGUCCCACCACUUUCCUGAACAUGACCUCCCCUGACCCUCAGAGCACUCUUAGACCUCUUUACUCCCCCUGAGAAGCUGGGGGCAGGGUGGGGGCAGCAGAUCCCAAGAGCUUCAUAGACUGUGCCCUCCUUAAUGGUAUGGACUCCCCUGGGAACACUCUUCAUCUGAGCCUGGUCCUUCUGCCAGACUGCGACACUGGGCCAGAAGGGAGAGACGGUUUGGCCCAGACUCACGGGAUUGGGAACUAAUUUUUGUUUGGACUUCCUUCCCCUCUCCAGUGACAGAGGGGUUCCCAAAUUCUGUGUCCUCUUUAUAGCAUUAAGGGUGGGGUGGGACUGUGAGCCCCAGAGGUUGAGGGGAGUCCCAGGGAAGGACCCACAUUGGCAGAGGGUUCCCAGCACCCAAGUCUUACUGCCACCCAGGGAAAGAUUCAACUCGGAUGUCUCCAACACGUCUACACACGCUGGACCCCGCUUCUGUUCUGGGUGCAUGGAGAUGCAGGGACUUCCCUCCAAAGCAGCCAGGAAAGUUCGCUCUCGUUCUCUUGCCUGCUAACCUCCCAACCCGCGGUCAGCACAGACAAACCAUGCCCACCUGGCCCCUAUUUUAUUUAUUUUAGUAAACUGGCUGUAGGGAGAUCUAGGAUGACGCAAGCAUGCAUUUGGAAGACGUCCGUGGCCCCUCAGCUUAGGCAGGAGUCCGGUGUUAAUAAACUUGGCUGCUGUUUCUUCUCUGCA